UUUUGCGAAUAGGAUCCCGAAAACGCCUGAGUUGACCAACCAUUAAAUUUAGCCUCGUUCUGAGAUUUGCUCCAGUAGCCCUUCGGAUGUAUGGCCUAAAAGCAUUUAUGAACCUGUAACAUAAUAAAUGGAUUCGUAGUUUAGUUCUUGAAGAUGCCUCUUCCAAAUUUUCGCAAUUUAGAUGCGAAUCCAAUUGAGCCUAUGCAGAUUGACCUUCCUGAAAAUGAAGGUGGGGCUCCUGAGGAGAACUUUGUGGUGGAAUUUCCAACAUUGGACCUUGAUGUGUAUGCAUCCAGCUACAAGGGAGUAACCAAGUUACAGCGUUUGUUGUUUAUUGCAAAUCAUUGUCCAAGUUUAGCUGCUGAUGCUAUGAGAUUGGCAUCUUCUGCAGUAAAAUCAACACACAAUUUAGACAUGUAUAAAGAAAUUGCAAGAAAAUUAGCAGAAGUAAGCAACCAGGGAUCAGCUGAAUCAGCUGCUGAGGGCCAGGGCUAUGCAUCUGGACUAGAUCAGUCAUGGAUUGACACAACUGAAAAGAAAGCUCAAACCAAACUUGAGAAAUUGUCAACAGAUUUGAAGUACUACAAAACUAACUCCAUUAAAGAAAGUAUAAGACGCGGAAACGAUGACCUUGGAGACCAUUAUUUGGAUUGUGGCAACUUAACGAAUGCGUUGAAGUGUUAUUCACGAGCUAGAGAUUACUGCGUCAGCGCAAAACACACGAUGAACAUGUGCUUAAACGUUAUCAAGGUCAGUAUCUUUCUUCCAAAUUGGGCCCACGUUCAAACAUAUGUCAACAAAGCAGAGUUAAUACCUGAUCUCAAUGAGCAGAAAGAAAAACCAUAUAACCAAGGGUUUCUAUCGAAGCUGAAAUGCGCCGCUGGCCUUGCUGAACUUGCGAAGAAAUCAUACAAAGCCGCCGCUAGACUGUUCCUUCAGGCUUCUUUUGACAACUUAGAUUUCUCUGAGGUGGUUUCUGCUCACGAUGUUGCAAUAUAUGGCGGCCUUUGCUCACUGGCAACUUUCGACCGACAGGAUUUACAGAAGAAAGUUUUGUCAAGCAGCUCAUUUAAGCAGUUUUUGGAGCUAGAGCCUCAACUUCGAAAUAUUCUUCAUAAAUUCUACGACUCACAAUACGCAGAAUGCUUGAAAUUAUUAGGCGAAAUGAAGGACAACCUGCUGCUUGAUAUUUAUUUAUCUCCACACGUGAACACGCUUUAUUCAGAAAUAAGAAAAAGGGCACUCAUCCAGUAUUUUAGCCCAUACGUCUCUGCUGACCUGAACAAAAUGGCGGAGGCUUUCAAUACAAGUAUAUCCUUGUUAGAAGACGAAUUAACCCAACUCAUUCUCGACGGGCAAAUAUCGGCGCGAAUAGACUCUCAGAAAAAGAUAUUAUAUGCUCGAGAUAUCGAUCAACGAAGUAGCACUUUCGAAAAGGCCCUUUCCAUGGGACACGAGUACCAACGGAGAUGCAAGGCAUUAAUUUUGCGAACAGUUCUAGUACGUCACCAGAUUAAUGUCAAGAGUCCUGUGAGAGAUGACGACGGCGUUGCGAGAUGAGAGUGAGCGAAUCGCGAUCCUUAUGCUUUGAUGGCCGUUGCGAAGUACCGGAAGUAUUCGACAUAGAGAAGUAUUUGGUUGUCCGCCAGGGAGGCUACGCAAAGCCCGGACUGACCAAAGAUUUGUUUUCCACUUGUAACAUUGAAAAAAUUUUCUGUAUUGAACACUGUUGAAUUUAGCAAGUAAACCGACAAAAAAACAUAAAAUAACA